AUGACUAGGAGGUCCAACAAGGACAACCUAGUUGAACAUCCAGAGAUAGACAAGCUUGAGAAGCAACUUAGGAAGCAAAAGCCCAAGAGAUGGCCGACGAAGCAGCUCGCGCUCACGCCGCUGAAGUGGCGCGCGCUCAAGAAGAAGGAAGAGAUCCACCUCCUCCUCCUAAUCCACAAGACCCUGCUGGAGAUAAACCCUAUCCAUCCACCACUUCCUGCAAGGAAUGACUAUGAGAUCAAGCCUCAGAUCAUAGCAUUGGUUAGACAGAACCAAUUCAAUGGCCUUCCAGCUGAGCAUCCUCUUGAUCACAUAGAAAACUUUGAAGAAAUUUGCAGCACUACAAGAUCCAAUGGAGUCUCUGCUGACUACUUGAACUCACUCCAUACCACUUGGGAUGAGUACAAGGCUGCUUUCAUCAACCACUUCUACACCAACUUUCGCCAAGCCACUAAUGAAUCUUUCUAUGAGGCGCUAGAUCGAUUCAAGGAGUACAUUAGGGACUGCCCUAAUCAUGGUUUCAAUGAGGGAAACCUAUGGAACAUCUUCUAUCGUGGCAUAGACCACAAGUACAAGCUUUCAUUGGAUACUGCAAGCAAUGGAAACUUCAUGACCAAGACUGUUGAUGAAGCUAAGGUUCUUAUUGAGAAUCUUGCAGCUAGUGAUUGUAACAACUGUCCUGAUUAUGACCGCUCAAGCCGCACCACUACUAGCUCCCCUGAUUCUUUUCAAAUGACUGAACUCAAGAACAUGAUGGCUCAAGUUCUUAAGGGACAGCUCAAGCAUAUCAAUGCAAUAGAAGGGAUGAGUGAUGCUAAUGAAGACCCAUCAAGAGAAUGCAUGGGAGAUUUCUCUAAUGAAGCCAAUGAAGAAGAUGUGAACUACAUUGGAAACUAUGGGAACAAGGGAUACAAUCCAAGCUAUCGCCCAAACCCCAACAUGUCUUAUAGAAACCCCAAUGUGGAGAAUCCUCAAGACCAAGUGUAUCCUCCAAGGUAUCCACAACAACAAAGACCUCCUUACCAAUCUCAAGGAAGUCAAUUUCAGCCAAGGCAAGGAUAUGAGCAGAGAUCAUCAUAUCCGCCCAAGGAGCCAUAUGCUUCUUCACCAAAUCAAGCUCCUCCAAACCAACAAGGUGGGAGAUUUGAAGGAAUCCUCCAACAGAUCAUGGAUGGCCAGAAGAGAAAAUAA